AAAAAAAAAAAAAAAGACACUGAAUGAUUUGAAUGGGUGACGUAGCGCGGAGGAAAUGCCUCAGUGAUGUGUAAAGGGAGGAGGUGGAGGAGGAGGAGGGGCAGAUCCUGCAGGACUUGACUCGCAGUAGGUUUUUCAGCCACUGCUGCGCUCACAGACAACUUGGGCAGACUUGUGGGGGACAUCUGAGCCUCGGACAGGACCGGAGCGGAGGCUGAGGGCUCGUCUGUUGAGGAAGAAGAAGAAGCUGGAAUACACAUUUAAAGGGCUUUGCCUUGCUCUCCUCUUCCUGCCUCCCUCCCUCUCUCCCUGGGCUGGACUCCGCUCUGUUCACACGGUGCAGGAUCGUGGGAAAACUCCGCAGAUCGCUGCACGAAGCUGGGCUGCUGGUCUCCAGGUGACACCGAGGUGGGUCCGGCUGCGAGGAAUUUUCUAGUUGCGCUUGGGGGGCUGCUUCAUUUUUCUGCCCCCCCCCCCCGACCUGCAUUGCAUUGCAUUGCACUGCAUUCCCGCCUCCCCCCCCUUCGUGCACCACUACUGCAAGGCUGCGCGCGUGCACCAACUUGCCAAGCGUGCCUCUUGUUUUCUCGUGCCAAAAAAAAAAAAAAUGAAUUGCAACCUUGCGUGAUUUGCAACCAGCAGAAGAAGAGUUGCAUUGCGUGAAAGCAAUGGGGAUGUGAUUGUGCGCGUGCAUUAACUGGUGUGCAUUUAUUAUUAUUGUUAUUUUUUUAAUUAUUGGGUUUUUUUUGGAGCUGAUCUGACAGACAUGGCCAGCAAGAAGGAGAAGGUGUACGACAGCCGGCAGAUAGUGGAGAAGUAUCUGCACCACAAGCUGGCCAAGAGCGGCCACGCGUGGGAGGAGGAAGGAGGAGAAGAGGGAGAGGAGGAUGAAGAAGAAGGAGAGGGGGAAGAGGAGAAAAGGGUGCACCAGGCUCCGGCGGCCGUGCACGGAGCGCUGAGGGAGGCGGGGGACGAGCUGGAGCGCCUGUAUCGGUCCGAUCUGACCGAGAUGACCGGGCGCCUGGAGCUGGAGCCCGCGGCCGCGAGCCGGAGCUUCGCGGCGGUGGCCGACGAGCUGUUCCGGGACGGGGUGAACUGGGGGCGGAUCGUGGCGUUCUUGGAGUUCGGCGCGGCCGUGUGCGUGGAGCGGCGGCGAGCGGCCGAGAGCAUCACCGCCGACGUGGCUCGCUGGAUGACCGAGUAUCUAAACGGGCCGGUGCUGAAGGGAUGGAUCCGGGACAACGGAGGAUGGGACGCCUUCGUGGAUCUGUACGGCCGGCAGAAGGAGUCGGUUUUCAGCAGUUCCUGGCCGUCCAUAGUGACCGUGUUCAGCCUGGCGGCGCUGGGGGCCGUGGGCUUCACCAUAGGAGCGUAUCUCGCUCAGAAAUGAACAGCUCCCUCCUUCUCCCUCUCUAUUCCCCUUCUGUCUCUUCGUCUUUCCUCUCGGCCCCUCAGAGAUGCUCCCGUCCCGGACUCUUCAAAGACUCUCCCCUCCGCUCUCUCUCCCUCAGUUUCAAAGCAAAAGCGCAAACAGCAGGAAAUGGACACGCCGCCCCCACAUCAGAAAUGGGAGGACACUAAUGGGAGGACUAAACCAGAAAAAAGACGAGGAGAAAAAGUGUCUGGUUCCGUUUUAACAGUAUCUUAAGAGGUGCUGGUGUUUAUCUGUACAGUGAACAGGUUUCUUUCAGCAUUUACAUGUUCACCUCAGACGAGCGUUAGGUGUUUAAAGUACUGUUGGAGCUGGAUUGGUACCCAGUGGAGGUCGUGUAGCGUCAUUUUUAACUGGCCGAUUGGUUCAGUAUCUGUGUAAUUUCCACUAACAGAUAACCUGCAAUUAUUACAGUCAGACUGUAAAACUACACACUGCAGAUUCAUACUGGAUUAAAAUCACUCCACAAU